GAGCAAGUGUGCGCGGUAUUUUAUUGAUUCGAAUGCGCAAAUGUUAAAACCAGAGAAUCUAGGUCUGAUGCAGCUGGCUCAUCAAAAAAACAAGAUUUCAGUCAAAAGGAUCAAGUUUAAAUCCACUGAAGUGGAUCCCAGCAACACGGAGCUCUCGACGCUUUGCAAGGUAUAUCCCAUAAGCCCUGUCACAGGGCCGGGAUCCGCAAGAUCUGUAUGGGAAUUAAGCCCCGAUCCCGACAUGGUCGGGAAUCUCUCAAACAAUUUGAUCUCUGCAGCUUCAUUAAACAAUCAAGACCAGACGAAAAAUUCCAGAAGUCGAAGAAGAAAUGGUCCAGACGAUAAUGUUUAUGCCGAUGAGGCAACUCCUGGACAAACUCCAUCGGACGAAACUAAACUUGUUUUUGAACUUCUCAGAGCUGGAGAACUGCAAGCAGUUGAAGAGUUGGUUGACAAGAAUGGAUCUUGUAUUCUCAGUGCAAGAGAUGAAUGGGGAUACACGCCAGCUCAUUGGGCAGCUUUGGAUGGGAAUGUUGAAGUCAUGAGAUACAUUAUUGAAAGAAAUGGUCCAGUUGACUUGUCCUGUCUAGGAACGCAAGGUCCGAAACCAAUUCACUGGGCAUGUCGUAAAGGUCACAGUGCCAUUGUUCAACUUCUUUUGAAGUCAGGAGUUGCAGUAAACACAGCAGAUUUCAAAGGCUUGACUCCACUGAUGACAGCCUGUAUGUUUGGAAAAUAUGCAACUGCAGCAUUUCUCUUAGGAUGUGAUGCCUCAGGUCACUUGAUCGACAUAAACGGGGAUUCUGCCUUGCACUGGGCAGCUUACAAGGGCCACCCAGAAUUAAUCAAACUCCUAAUGUACAGUGGGGUGGACCUUGAAAAGCCAGAUCAUUUCGGUUCAACCCCUCUUCACUUAGCCUGCCUAUCAGGAAAUGUCAGCUGUGUUAAAAUUCUUUGCGAAAAAAGCAAAAUCGAACUGGAACCUCGGGACAAAAAUGGCAAAACUCCUUUACAGUUGGCCAAAAGUCAUCAUCACUCCGAGGUUGUGCAAAUCCUCCAGGCUGAGCAGAGAAGAAGAGCCAGAUGGAUUCCACCGAUCAACGAACUCUGGGCAUUGCUGUUCGGCGGUGCGGGAAAUAGUAAAGGACCCUUGCUUUUAUUCAUGGGCUCCGUUCUUUUUUGGGGCUAUCCUAUGUACUUCUUCAAAUGCAUUCCUCUAACAUGGAAUCUUCUUCGAGGCAGCCACUACUGCUUUAUUUAUUGGAAUAUCAUUAUGUGGAUAUCAUGGAUCGUAGCUAAUAGAAAAGAUCCUGGUUAUGUUCCGCAAAAUAGCGACGCAUACUACAGAGUGAUAAGACAAAUUCCGUACUUCGAUAAGUGGAAAAAGAGGAACGUAAUUUUAUCAAAACUCUGCCAUAGUUGCAGAUGCUUUAGACCGCUUAGAGCCAAGCACUGCCGUAUUUGUAAUCGUUGCGUUACUUACUUUGAUCAUCACUGUCCUUUUAUUUACAACUGUAUUGGACUAAGAAACAGAAUGUGGUUCUUUUUCUUCGUAAUGUCCGUGGCUAUCAAUUGUUCAUUCACCGUGUACUUCGCAUGCUACUGCAUUUCAAUCGAAGGAAUUCACUUACUCUACAUUUUAGGCCUAAUAGAAGCUCUUACCUUUUGCGGACUUGGUUGGAUACUUACCUGCACAUUGGUACUACAUGCUUGCAUGAAUCUAACGACGAACGAAAUGUUCAAUUACAAACGUUAUCCGUACUUAAGGGACAAGAAAGGAAGAUACUGGAAUCCUUUCAGCAGAGGUCCAGUUCUCAAUUUCAUCGAAUUUUUCCUCUGUCCCUCUGACCAGUACGCGUACAAUCCUCAAAAUUAUCACAUCUUCUCUGACGAAGUCAUGUAGAAAAAAGCAGAAAAAAAGCCUGACAGCUCUCAUUUCCUAAAACACAUUCCGCACAGAUAUCGUGAUAUUCAAAAACUUACCGGCACAAGAGACACACGACGCUUCUCACUCAUUUCCAGGCUUGUUGCAGAAGUCGGAUUUCAAAAAUCCACGACAUUUACCUGGUUUUCCAGGUCAAUUUUUGACAAUAUUUCUAAGAUUACUUUCUCAAAAAUUCAUUGGUGAAAAUGAACUGCAUGUCUGUUAAUUUUUUGUUCAUUUUUAUAAUAUUAAUAUAAAAUUUUUUCUCAUAAUAUCGCGAAAGGUAAUACAAUAACCUCAAGUUGUAGGCAAGAUGUGAAUUUUAGAAAAAGAACAUUUAUUCUGUAAAUUUUUCGGAUUAAAAAAAUUAAAAUAAUUAAAAUAUAUUGCAAAAAGACGUUAAAUUUCAAAUUUUUCGAAAGAUUGUAAUAACUUUGGAAAUAAUAAACAUUUCGUAUAUUUCUCAGGCUUAUUUUAAAGGUAAGUCUCGACAGUAUUUUACUAAACUUUUCAGAUAUUUUAAAAUCUUUGUCUCUAGAUUCUACCCUGGGGUCAGACUUAGUGCAACAAAUGGACAAAUUUCAUAAAUGUAUAAAUGCAUACUUAAAAAAAUAAGAAUUUAUCGCAUUUUUAAUAAAUUUGAGUAGUAUUUAUACAAAUAUUAGUGAUUUGCAUUUUUUAAAUGUAUGCAGAGUACAAUAAUUUCUGGAAUCUUUUCGACUUCUUUGUGCCAAGUUCGCCCCUAGAGAAGAAUUUAAAGGAAAAAAAACUAUAGAGACUUAACUUUAAACUUAGCAAAAUAAC